AUGGAGAACCUCGUGCAGCGGGGCGAGACCUGGAGCGAGCGGCUCCAGAGCACCAGCUCCGAGGAGACGUCGGCCCGUCGUAAAAGCUGGAACGAGCUUAGGGGUGUCGUCAGCGAUCUGCGCAGGAGAAUGUCUGGCAUGUCGGCUGGCUCGGUACCGGGUUCCAUCACCUUCAGGUCCCUACCAGAUGGAAGGAUAAGAAUAUAUUUUCUGAGUACACCGACUAAUGGCUGGGAGACCACUCUGUUAUACGUAGAUGUAGCGCAUUCUGAUCAUAUAAAUGGUUAUCGCUUACAGUGGCAGCCCGUUAUCGAAGCUAAUUUUCAAAGUAUUUCCAGUGCCAAUCAGUUGUCGAAAGAGGAGCAAUUGCUUUGGGAGAGGAAAAGACUAGCGACCUGGGGUAUUACCAGUUAUGAAAUUCAUCCGGAAAGUGGAAAGUUAGUUUUCCCAGCUGCGAGUAGCCUUUAUCAAUGCGUCGAUACUGGCUUUAUGCUUGGGCCUCUCUUCCCAUCGGAGCUCAGAAUGUCAACGUCCGGUGCUAAACUCUGCCCUCAAAUAUGUCCUUGGAAUAAUGCCUUAGUCGCUCAUACCUGUGCUGGCGAUAUACAUUUGUCUCACAGUAUUACAGGAUCCUCGGUAAGAUUAACACAUGCGAGAAAGGGGGGCAGGAGUUUAGGCGAAGAUCCUCUCAGCGCAGGAACUCCGUCCUACGUUAUGCAAGAGGAAUUUACUCGGUAUAUUGGCUAUUGGUGGCAACCGAAAUCCGAUGAUGGAAAAUACAGAAUUGUUUACGAAGAAGUAGACGAAAGUGACGUUAAAAUAUUUUGUUUCCCAUCAUCGGACAACUCGCACGACGUAGAUGAAUUUAGAUUUCCAAGAGCGGGUACUAAUAACGCGAGAAGUAAUUUAAAACUAGUGCAAUUUAGGGUAACGGAAUCUUCACAAAUUGUGGAUAUAGAGACUCUCGAACUGCAGUAUCCAUUACAUAUUAUGUUUCCCUGGAUGGAGUAUAUGGUCAGGGCUGGGUGGAUGCGAGAUGGUCGACACGUUUGGGUACAGUUGUUAGACAGAAAGCAACAGAGGUUAGAACUUGUGCUAUUGUCAGUCGACAAUUUCUGCGAACCUCCACCAAAUAUAUACAGCUCGGAAAAUCAUUUUACGCCAUCUUCAGCGAGCGUUCAAGUUAUUUAUUCGGAAGCAAGCUCGAUUUGGAUAAACGUAAACGACUUGCUUUAUUUUCUCCCAUCCGAUGACCCAACAGAAGUGAAAUUCAUUUGGGGUAGCGAAGAAACUAAUUAUAGACAUUUAUACGUUAUUACGUCAAGUAUAGCUGGCUCAGGUAAUGGAAUCGAGGAAUCUCUAGAUCGAAUGGAUAGCGUAUUUUUACAGCCGCGUAUAUUGUCGAAGGUAGCUUUAACGCAAGGCGAGUGGGAGGUACUUGGCAGAGAAUUGUGGGUUGACGAAGCUAACUCGAUUGUUUAUUUUAUUGGAUUAAGGGAAGGGCCUCUCGAGCAGCAUGUCUAUGCUGUAUCUCUUCACCGUCCAUUAGAAAUUAGAUUGCUUACAAGACCAGGAUAUAGUUACAAUAAUGUUUACUUUAAUAAGGAAUGUACGAUGAUGGUGACUGUUUAUAGUUCGAUAAAAACAUUGCCUGCGUGCCAGGUAUUUCGAAUAUCGCAAUCUGACUGGAUGGUAGAAAAUAUUUCGCUUACGCUUGUCGGAUACUUACUCGAGCCAUCGAUACCAGAAUCCGAGCUUUUUGCUCCUGAAAUUUUUACUUACAAGAUUGCAUCGGGAGAUACCAUAUACUCAAUGAUAUUUAAACCGCAUAAUUUUAAAAAUGGAACCAAAUAUCCCACUAUAUUAAAUGUCUACGGAGGGCCCGAAGUACAAUUAGUAUCUAAUACUUUCAAGGGGAUGAGACAUUUGAGGAUGCAUAUGCUUGCGGCACAAGGCUAUUGCGUGGUAUUAAUCGAUUCUCGAGGUUCGCAUCACAGGGGCCUGUCAUUCGAAAGCCAUUUGCAGCGAAAAAUGGGUACCGUUGAGUUGAACGAUCAAGUCGAGGUUCUCAGGUGGCUUGCUGAAAUAACCGGCUAUAUAGAUUUAAAUCGUGUUGCCAUUCAUGGUUGGUCUUAUGGAGGAUAUUUAAGUCUCAUGGGUCUAAUACAGUAUCCCGAUGUUUUUAAGGUCGCCAUCGCUGGAGCUCCCGUGACCUCUUGGUAUUUUUAUGACACGGGUUAUACAGAGAGAUACAUGGAUCUACCUCAAAACAAUAUUCAUGGUUACGUUAAUGGAUCAGUUUUAACCUAUGUUAAUAAAUUUCCCGAUGAAGAAAACCGACUACUGAUAAUUCAUGGAUUAAUAGAUGAGAAUGUUCAUUUUUUUCAUACGAGUCAACUGAUAAACGUUCUUGUAAAGACCGGCAAACCAUACCAGUUGCAAGUCUAUCCCAAUGAGAGGCACAGUCUCAGAAGUUUAGAUGCUAGUAAGCAUUACGAAACAACUCUUCUUUCGUUUCUACAAAAUUAUUUAUAAAUCCGCUUUAGCUUUA